AUGGCUCUCCCGCAGCGCCUUGCCAGCGUGCUCCUCCUCGUUGCCCUCGCGCUCGCGGCGAUCGUCUUCAGCUCCGCCGACGCGGCCCGAGUUCCCAAGGCCCUUGAGGUCCAGGAAGCCUCGGCGGCCGACGGGCGACAGGCACAGGCCCCCACAGGCAUCGACGACGCCGUGCGGCCGGUCGAGCAUGUCGUCGUCGUCGACAAGCUCGGUGGAGGCGGCGGCGGCCAUGGUGGCGGAGGAGGCGGUGGUCAUGGCGGAGGAGAAGGCGGCGGAGAAGGUGGAGGUUCAAGAGGCUUUGGAGGCGCCGGGUACGGGUACGGGUACGGGAGUGGCCGGGGCCCCAAGUCGGCGUCCAGUGGCCGCGCCGAUGGCUUCUGGAAGGUGGGCGUCGCCGCGUCGGUUCUGGGCGCCGCCGCCUGGCUGCUGUAG